GGCAAACACACUGAAGCAACAAAGACCACAAAAUAAGCAAGACCUAUCUUCUCUAAGAUUUAUAAAACCGUACGUUGAGGGUGAGGAUUUGACCAGAGGCCAUGGCAACAAGCUACAUACUACUGCUGUUCUUUGUCCUAAAUGGAGCCGAUGGCACUCAUAUUGUCGGAGGCAGAGAUUCUGUCCCCCAAUCACGCCCGUACAUGGCCUCGCUGCAGGUCCAAGGAGGCCACAACUGUGGGGGAGUCCUGGUGAGACAGGACUUUGUGCUCACAGCAGCACAUUGUCAGAUACCCAUACCAUACACAGUAGUACUUGGAGCUGAUUCCCUGACCGCUAAUGAGCCUACAAAGCAGGAGUUCAGUUCAAUCAGAUCCAUUCCACAUCCCGACUAUGAUGGACAUGAAAAUGAUAUCAUGCUCCUGAAGCUCGACCGUAGCGCCCAACUGACUGAAGCAGUGCAGCUGAUUCCUCUGAAAACAAGCAGGCUGAAUACAGCUAGUCGGUGCAUCACAGCUGGCUGGGGGGAUGUAGCUGAUAACGGCACCUUAGCAAUCAGGCUUCAGGAAGUCAACGUAACCACCCUGCCACAGCAAACAUGUCGCAGGAGAUGGGGAAUGGUUCCCAUCACCAGGACUAUGGUUUGUGGUGUUGGGGCCCGCAGCUCUCAAGGCUUCUGCUCGGGGGAUUCAGGUGGUCCGUUGGUGUGUGAUGGAGCUGCUGCAGGCGUCGUCUCCUUCUCCGGCCAGCUAUGCGGAAACCCCAGGACCCCUGAUGUCUACACACGCAUAUCAUCCUUCAGAGAAUGGAUUACAAGCGUGCUGAACAACAAUUAGGCAAAUUAGAUGAAAUGGUAAUGUGUCAAUAUGCUUGAUCAGGAUGUAAUUUUCAAGACAAGGCUCUUUGUGAUAUUCAAACAUGUGGUGUAAUGUUGUUUAAUAUCUGCUUAUGCUGUGUUUGUUCAGAUGAGGUGAUAAAUUAUUUUUGUCACCACCACUUGUCAUCUUUUGUUUUCGUUAUACAGUAUGCAUUGGAAUAGGUCAGACACAACUUACAAAGUACACUGAGUUGAAUGUAAUAAUGAAAUGAAAAAGUAAGGCAAAUUCCCAUGCACUCACUCACUUUUGAUUGUAUUAAACAAUGGGUCAAACAGUUGGCAUUCAGUUGAA